AUGAAAAUGUAUAGAGUCUGUAUGCUAGCAACUAGUGCCUUUGCCGAGGCUAACGAGUCGAUUAAGCUGGUUUUAGGAAGGCCGGGCUUGAUUCUGAAAGGCAAGGAGCAAGCCCGAGAAAUAGCGAUAGAUCAAAUUGAAGAAAUUGAGUACGAUGAAGAGGUAUGUGAGCUGAGUAUAUCAGAAAUCAGUUCGGGCGAGUUGGUAGUUUUAAGAAUGCAACUGCUGUAUAAAGUUAGCGGUUGUGAUACGGAGUGUGGUAGUAGCAACGAUUGUGAUGAUAAGGAUAGUGAGAAUCUAAAUAGCAGUGAUAAUUGUGAAAAUGGAGAUAGUGAUUGUGAUGAUGGUUUGGAUGUGCUAGAGCAGUUCAAAACUGAUGUAACCGGAUGGGUAGAAGACUGGGCUGGUGAAGAAUGGAGUAUGGAUAAAGUGCGCCGAAUGGGUAGUUUGGGGUGUAAUUUAGAACGAGUGGGGGAGUGGGUUGUGCGGAUGAAUGGUUUGCAAGAGGUAGAGAAACUUUAUCGAGCAGGUGCAGUGGCGGCCGCUCAAAAUAUGCUUAAGGAACUUGGACAUAUUGAGAGUUCGCGACUGAUUGAAGCUCUGGCGGUCAAAGAAGAGUUGCUUCAGGAAGUGCUUGGGCUGAGCCAGGAUGCAGAGAUGGGACUGAGUGCUCAAACAGACCGGGCCGAGACAGAAAUGAGCCGCAAGCUGCAUUGGAUAAAGGAGCACUUUUAUAAGGAUGUGAUUGGUAUGGCACGAACACCUGUUAUUGAUCGGAUGAUAGUGGAAUGCCAGGCGAAACUAAUAUCCUGGCUUGAGGCAGGUCAGCCAAUGGUGCUUACUAAAGAAGAGAUUAGAAAGAGUUUGGUGCAACUACUUCAUUGCAACCCCCAGGGGUUUUUAGAUAUGUGUAUGGCCUUGCGGCCAUUGGACUUAUUGCGACAAACCGAGGGGCUGGGCGGUAGUGAAGAAAUACACCUACUAAGCAUUUUGAGCGCUAACUUAAGUGACGAGGCCUGUAAGUACUUUAGCGCAGACGAGAAACGUGUGCUGGCAGUCUUUCGGCGGUUCAAUAGUUGUAUAGAAAACCAAGAGUGGGAGAAUCUCUUUUACCUACACAAAGUUGUUUGUCUGUUGCUCCUAUCAGAAGAUAAUAAGCUGGCUUUAGUUGUGACCGAAGCAUUACCCGUGCUUUUUGAAAAGGAAGGCCGGGCCGAGAUGCACAGUAUUGGCAAGUGGAACUACUAUGGCACAGAACAUCGGCUGAGUUUGUUCCAUUUAAAGGUACUACAGCAGACAAUUGAGUCAAUGUCUAAGCAUUUGAAGUUAUAUUUGCUGACGUCCGGUGCCUUGCUGAGCAUCGAGCAGGCUUUUAGAGAAAGAAUAGGCCCAGAUAAGAUUGUAUUGGGUAAGAUAAUCAAAGAGAUUUUGGAAUCAAAAGACCGGGUACUACGGAAGUACCUCCGCGAAAUACACUUCCCCGAAAAGGUUCAGAAAGGCAUUUCAGAAAUAGACAUCAAAGAAGUAACGGCUUUAAAUGGAGUCGCCGCUUCAAUCGAGAAUAUUAUUCACCGUGAUUUUAGCAGGUAA